AUGGCCCGGACCAUCCCGGACCAUCACGAGUGGGAACCGGACCCACCAGGGUGGGAACCGGGUCCACCAGGGCAGGGUGGGGGUCCGGACCAUCCCGGGUGGGAGCCGGGUCCACCCGUGCCGGGUGGGGGUCCGGACCAUCCCGGGUGGGAACCGGGUCCACCCGUGUCGGGUGGGGGGUCCGGACCAUCCAGGGUGGGAACCGGGUCCACCCGGGCAGGGUGGGGGUCCGGACCAUCCCGGGUGGGAGCCGGGUCCACCCGUGGCGGGUGGGGGUCUGGACCAUCCUGGGUGGGAACCGGGUCCACACAGGCCUGGUGGGGGGUCCGUGCCAUCCCGGGUGAGGAUCGGAUCCACCCGGGUCGGGUGGGGGUCCGGACCAUCCCGGGUGGGAACCGGGUCCACCCGGGCGGGGUGGGGGUUCCGGACCAUAUCCGGGUGGGGACCGAGUCCACGCAGGCCGGAGGGAAGGAAGGGGGGGGGGGGGGGGGUUGGGGUCCGGACCAUCUCGGGUGGGGACCGCAUCCACCCGGGUCGGGUGGGGGUCCGGACCAUCUCGGGUGGGGACCGCAUCCACCCGGGUAG